CUCGUGCAGGAGCCCCUGCUGGGGCAGCUGAUGGUGACCAUCAGCAGUCAGAAAGACCCAGGCAAUGCCCACGGAGGAAUCUCAGAGUGUCACCAUCCGUUACAUGAGUAGGUAUCAACGGAACCCCAGGGGACGACCUUGGGGCACAGAACGGGGCAGGGAGAAGCAGCUGCAUGGGCAGGAGGCAGCGGUGCUGCAGGGCUGGCACCUUUCUCGCCCUGCUCCUGGCAGCGUCCUGAAGGAGAUGAGAAGGGCAUCAGCACCCUGGCCCAGGGUGUGCUGUGGGCACAGCAGCCGGUGCCGGGCUGGAGAGAGGACCCCUCUCUUCCCUCUGCCUCCUACCCCGGCCUGCAGCUCUCCCCAUUCUUGCUCUUCAUCAGGUGUAGCUGCUGCCGACUCUAGCAUCCAGUUGCAGAAUGAGGAAAAGGAAGCCCACGGCUACAUCAUGGACUUUGUCAAAAGCACCAGAAGGGAUCGGGAGUCGAAGAUGAAGUUUCUGGCCUCCAUCGACAUGCUCUGCAGAGCCUCACUGCGGGGAAGGUACCAAAGCCCAACAUCCCAUGAGCUGCUGAAUAAACUGGAGGCACUAAUGCAAAACGAGGCCUUUGACAGCAUGGACACCAUGAUGUGGCAGCAAGCCCUGCUUGCCGUCGCUGCACUGAGCGAAUACAGGGAAAACCUGCUGGACAACCGCCUCUACAAACACAUAGGUGGCACCUUCAGUUUUGUUGCAAGUGAGACGAUUAGCCAGCGUACUCCAUUCUAUGAUCAGAUCCUGAAAACUCUGGACAGUGUGCUGGAGGUGCUGAUACGUGGUGCUUCACAGAGAUCCUGCAUCUUCAUAACAGGGAAAAUAUUGAAGGCUCUGCUGCCCAUCACGGCAUCCGAGGACAUGGCUAAGCGCCGGAAGGCUGUAGAGUGGAUUGUACGCCUCACCUACUUUUUAUCGCCCUCUUCAAUGCUGGAGCAUUUGAAUGCAAGACACGGCAUGCAGUGCUUCUCCAGAAGCAAGCCUCUGGAAUUCCUAGGGCAGGCAAUGGGGUACCUUGCCCUGUCCUGUGCUGAGGAGGACCAGGAGAUCAGCUGCGGGGCUUUCCAGGCACUGUGCAACUUCAGGAGGUUCCUUCUGCUGCGACAGAGUAAGAGACACUGAGGCAGGCUGGAGCUUUCCAGCCAGGCAAGGUGCCGCACUGCCCUAGCCCCCUCCUCUGCUAGAGGAAGGAGCAGCAAAUGCCUCUGAGGCUGGAGCAGGGCAGCAGCUGUGCAAACCGUAGGGCACACACAGCCUGCUGCGGAACAGCAGCUUGGGGCCUGUCCCGAGAACCCUUGAGCCGGAGAGCCGGUGGCUGCAGCAUGCCUAGGCUUCUGUUCUCCCCCUGAGCAGAAAGCCAGACUUAACUCUCCUGCCCUUCCACA